AGUAAUCACGUUACAACCCGGAAGAAUUGCGCUUACCGUUUGAAUAGAGAAGAAUGAGCGAUUUAUCUCGGGAAAACUCAUUAAACGCGAUGCUGCGAACAUCGCACAGCCUGUAAGAGACAUAUCCGCGUCUUUUAACCUCCGGCUCCGGAGCCAGGGGCGGUCUAGGGUGAGAGCAGCAACGCCCGGAUGCCAACGGCCAACCCCGUCGGAGAAAACCAUCUUCGCUGUGUUUACAAAUCGGCCAGGAGACAUUGUCCCCUCGCGGUGUGUCGUUAGCUAGCUGCUCGCGCGGUUGUGUGUGUGUGUUUGUGUGUGUAUGUGUAGAGACUGACGGGAAGCUGGACGACAACAAGCGGCAGAAACAAGGUUUCCCCGAAUGUCGCGGCAUUUACAGUGCCAUGGACAGCAAAAGUAAUUACACACCCUGCAGAGCUAACACAGGAGCCUCUCCUGAGCUGCAGAGCAGAUAAUGACUCAGAGAAAUGGGAUCAGAGGGACGAGUGAAGGCUGCCGCCACUCGGAGGCCUCCGGGGACCUGGAGAAAGUUCAAGAGGCCAACGACGCUAUGGAGAAAGUUCAAGAGGCCAACGACGGUGAAUCUGAGGAGGGGGGACGGGGAAAUGAAUGCAGAGACUCCGCCCCUGCAGCGGGAGCAGUCACAGCUCCAGACGGCGGUUGGGGCUGGAUGGUGCUGGCCGCCACCAUCAUAGUCCUGGCUUUGACCCUGGCGUUCCCGUCCUGCGUGGGAAUCUUCUACACCGACCUGCAGAAUGAGUUCCACGCCUCCAACAGCGAGACCUCCUGGGUGCCGUCCAUCAUGACGUCAGUGCUUCACGCGGGAGGUCCCUUUUGUAGCGUGCUGGUGGAGAAACUUGGUUGCCGAGCGACGGUCAUGUUGGGCGGCGUCCUGAGCGGGCUGGGAAUGGCUGCCAGCUCGUUUACCCAGUCCAUCACACAGCUCUACAUCACAGCCGGGGUUAUCACAGGCCUCGGUUUCUGCUUCAGCUUCCAGCCGGCGGUGACCAUCCUCGGGCACUACUUUGUGCGUCGCCGUGCGUUCGCCAACGCGCUGUCGUCCACGGGCACGGCGCUGGGCCUGUGCUUUCUGCCUUUCCUGGGUGACUACCUCCACACGGAGCUGGGCUGGAGGGGCAGUUUCCUGGUUUUGGGGGCCGUGCUGCUGAACUGCUGCGUGUGUGGAGCGGUGAUGAGGCCCCUGCAGCCCCCCAAGCAUCGCGGCCAGCCGCUCAUGAACCACGGACCCCCUCCGCCUGAGGAGGAACCUGUGAGGACGCAGAAAGGGAGGAUGAGAAGGAUGUGGAGCUCGUUGGGGGCUUCUCUGUGCAAACACAUGGCCUUUGAUCAGCUGUGCUACAACGCACGUUACUGUGUGUACGCCAUAGGCAUCACCUGGAUGAUGCUUGGGUUCGUGGUGCCUUUGAUUUACCUGGUUCCCUACGCCACAGCUAACGACAUGGAGCAGAGCCGGGCCGCGCUGCUGCUCUCCAUCCUGGGCAUGGUCAACAUCGUGGUGCGGCCGCCCUUCGGCAUCCUCUUCAGCAUGUCGUGGUUCAAAGGGCGUCACAUUUACGUGUUUUCCGCUGCUUUGCUGGUCAACGGGCUCAGCAACAGCAUCUGCUGCGUCGGGCCCAGCUUCCCCGUGCUGCUGGUCUACGUGGUGGUCUACGGGCUGUCCAUGAGCGUGGUGGGCUCCCUGAUGUUCACCGUCCUCAUGGAGAUAGUGGAGAUGAGCCGCUUCCCCUCGGCUCUAGGUCUGCUCGCCAUCAUGGAGAGCGUCACGCUGCUCAUCGGGCCUCCGCUGGCAGGAGUCCUGAUCGAUAAGACAGGCCAGUACUACCACGUCUUCUUUGCCUGCAGUGCCGUGGUGGCCUCCUCCGCUGUGUUCCUCAUGGUGUCCUUCUGCUGGCUGGAUAAGAGGGACAGGGCCUUGUCCCAGCAGGGUCAGACCCCGGCUGCCCCUGAACCAGCUGUGGCCCUGGCUCCCGGCUGCCAGUACAUCAGCGUCCCCACAGAGGGAGACAAAGACAAGGCCUCGUCCAACGGGGCAGAGUACAGCACAUGACCGGCCUGUGGACCAGAUCUCACCGUGUGACAUUUAACACACAUCACACACUCCGGCUCAGACCGGACAGAUAAUAUAUAUAGAAUAUAAUUUUGCACAGUUUAUCCAAAGUUAGACACUUGAUCCUACUUACCAAAAUGAAGAGAUGUGCACUUACAGCAACAACAUGGUUGUACAAUAAUUACAAAAUGCUGCUGGUCGAAUCUACGUGAUCACACAAGCUGUCUAUAUCGUCGCUGUCAGGGCAGAAACCUUGUAUCUCCGUAUUCUGUAUUUUUACGUCUAUUUUCAUUAAUCGGUGCUAUUUACAUAUGUACAUCUUUACAUAUUUUACAGAUAUUUCACCCUCUGUUGCAUGAAUUAUUUUUCAUACCUGGUAAAAAGGUCCUGAUGUGUUUUUAUGACUCCAGGUUGCUUAAAUAAUGCAAUUGUUUUUUAAAUAGUUAAAGGGGCGCGCAUUUGUGGAAAGUGCCAAGAAAUCAAUUAUUUCUUUAAAACCAUGUUUUUAUUGAAAAAAUACCUUAUAUGCCAUAUUGCAUCAAAUUAAUUUGAGCCUUUUAUAGAAAAAUAUAGCAUUUUAACUGGUUUAAGUGACUAAAAUGAAAAGUUUACUUAACCCAGAUAACGGUUAAUUUUUUUUUCAAAGAAAUGCUUCUAAAAUUAAGAAAAACAACCACAUUUUGGGUGAUCCUGGAACGGGAUCUUUAGUGUGUUACAUGUCCGGAAAAGGGGCGGGAAACAGGAUUUCCUGGUUAUGUGAAGUCAUCAAAUUAAUAACACUUCAAAAUGUCACUUCAACACUUUUCAUUUCAAAAGAAAACCAUGCAUUUUAUAUGCUUUAUUGUGAAAAAAACUAAGAAAAAUGAUUUGUUGCCAUAUGGAAACACCAUGCAAUAGAGGGUUAAACAGUGACUUUGUCUGAGGUAAAUAACUCAAAAAAAUGUUUUUUAAUUAGCUUUUUUUUUUUUUAAUUUCCUGAAAAAGAACGGUUUCAGACAUACAAGGUUUUCACCCCACGGAGACGAUAUGAGGUAUCUCACUUCAUCAAGCCAAGUUACAUCAAUCAAUCAGUGUAUUUGUCACGUGAAAUCAUAUGAAAUAUGAUUUUAGUGAAAUGCAAUCCCGUCAGUUGCUGCAAUGGUUGCGUUCACAGUCCCAAUGUUUGCUGGAGAGUUGAAUGUUGAUCUGACAGACGCGUCGAAGGAGUCUGAUUAGUUACUGUGGGACGAUACAGUACAGGCCAAAAAAUAAUAAGAAAUAAACUGAUUGUUGACAUAAAUAUGGGUGAAAUCAAGGUGAUGGUAAACACAGCGGAGUAGGACGUUCUCCUAUAGAGUGCUUAAUUAUCAGGAGUUAAAGGAUAUGUACGUCUGGUGUUAUUAUUCUAUAUUUUCUAUAUUUAUUAUUCUACCUGGCCUCAGACAAGAAGUGUGUCAAAUGAAUUAGUAGUAAUGACUGAUUCAAAAUUAAUUUAGAUAUGUCUGCAUCGAAAAUGCAUAACUGACUGAUAUAAUACAGCUCUUAAUACUCCUUAACGUAGUGCCUCAACAUGUGUAAUAUUCACCAUCAGGGUUCAAACUUAGCCCCGUCUACCAGCCACAGAACAAUGGUGAUCUACUGGUGUCUGGACACAUCUGAACAUUCACUAGCCAUGUGGCUGGUGGGAGAAAAAGUUAAUUUUGAGCCCUGGUCACCAUCUUAAUGUCCUUAUCACUGAUGUUUUUUUGUGUUUGGAUGCGCUCCAGAACCAGACCUGGCCUGUUGGUGCCAGUUGAGCAGAGUUUCCACUUUGUUUAAAUGCAGCAGACAGAUCAGCAGAUCUAGGGCGACCUGUAGCUCCCCCGCUUUUCUGUGUGUCAUCCCCACAUCUCUUUACCCUUUAAAGCUAUAUUUAAUUUUAAAAAACCCAAAAAGGGCAACCUGUAGCUCACCCAGUAAGAGUGUGCGCCCCAUGUAGGCUGAGUCCUGCAGUGACCCAGGUUCAAAUCCAACCCGUGGCCCUUUUCUGUGUGUCAUCCCCUCUUUCUUUACCCCUUUAAAGCUAUAUUUAAUUUAAAAAGCCCCAAAUGGGGCGACCUGUAGCUCACCCAGUAAGAGUGUGCGCCCCAUGUAGGCUGAGUCCUGCAGUGACCCAGGUUUGAAUUCGACCCGUGGCCCUUUGCUGCGUGAUAUCCCCCCAUCUCUCCCUCUCUCUCUCUCUCCCUUUCUCUCUCUUCCUCUCUCUCUCUCUCUCUCUCUCCCCCUUUCAUGUCUAUCUACCGUCACUAUAAUAAAGGGAAGAAGUCCCCAAAAGAAUAGUCUUGAAAAGCCCCAGACAAAGCAGCAGAUAUAUCACAAAUAUAUAAUUUCAUUUUGUAAUGACCUCAGUAGGGAUGUAGCGAUUAACUCAACUCCAACCCGAUUUUUAAGUUUCCAAUAAGAUUUUGUCAGGAUUUCUUUGAGCUGCAGACAAAUGACCGAAAAAUAUUCCUUUAUGCAAAACAACAGAUGUGUCCUCUUAUAAAAAAGUGCAACUGGAAUUUUAUUUGAUCUAAAAUGACAAAAAUAAAAUAUAGAUUAGAUUUUAAAAAACAAAUCCCACAUCAAAAUAACUGAAACAAAUACAAAAGAAAUUUCUUCUAACAAAUAAACAAAGAAGAUGACAAAGUAUUGACUGGAGUCAAACAAGUGAAAUCUAAAGUAGAUUACGCUCUAGGCCGAUUAAUAAUUACACCACGGUAAAUAUGUUUAAAUCUCAACCGGUUGUAAUCCUUACACGUUUAUAUUGAUAGUAACUGAUUCAUGAUGCACCGUUACAUCCCUAGACCUCGGGGAUUUCCUAAGACAGCUGGACACCAAAUGCCACUCAAACAGGAGGAAUAGCACAGAGGAAGAUAAGAGAUAUAAUGGCUAAAAAGAUGCAUUCACUGUUUUAAUAUAUAUUAUUGCAUAUAUGUAUUAACAAUACGAAAAACAUAAGAUAUCACUAGAUUCAACCUUUAAUUAUCUAGUGUUACAGUAGGCCUUUAAUCUGUAACAACAGGAGAUAGAAAAUGUUUUGACAUCUUCCAUAUCUUCAAAGUAGGGGAAUGUAUAUUUCAAUUUUUUGUGAAGACAUUGAACGCAUCAUGCUGAGUAUCUUACACCGAUGUUGAUGAGUAUGUGAUGCUGUAGAUCAUUGUCAUUCACUGUCACACAUCUAUGAAUUAAUGUAUGUUCAAGCUGUAAUUACUCAUGUGUUUUAGUGUUAACACGCUUCUUAUUCCUCAAUGCAACUGUGCCUUUUUUAUAGAACUGGCGCGUUUACAGCCACGGGAUGAAAUCAAACCCUUUCAGGAAGACAGAAGCAGAAGAUUUCAUGUCGUGAAACAUUGAAUGAGAGGAAUAUUUUGAUGUAACGGAGGAGUUUUAUGACACUGUAACUGAGUUUAUCUUCAGUAUCAAUCAAAGAUUUUACUGUAUGUGACAGAUGCAUGUCUCUUUUGAUAAAUGAACAUGGAGACUAUUUUAUGUCGUACGUGCUGAAAAUUAAAUACACAUUUCAGGUUUGAGCUGCAGUAAAUGAAAGUGUAACCAGAGGCUCCUUUCUGCAAUGUGAGGUUAUAUUAGCUGCUUUGGGCCAAAUUAUAUCGUUAUUAUAAAUGCUUUAUUUAUACAUUAUGAUCACAGGAAAAAUAAAUAUUUGAAUAUCAAA